AAUUUAUUUGACAUAUAACAGUCGCUUUAGAGGGAGCUCAAAAUUACUUUUUGAAAAUAUCCCAGAAUCAAGCAAAUUCAAUUGAUGUAGAAAAUACCAUUUACAAGGAUUAGGGGGAGUAAAAUGAACUGGUUGGUAUUUGCGUUCUGCCUGGGCGCUUUCUCCCUGGUAGAUCAAGGAGCUACGGCUCCCCUUGAGGAAGCUGAGUAUAAAGUGGAUGCAUCCGAGGCUGAUUGUAAAAACUCAAGGGGGUUUACAAUGAUAUCCGACGACCCCAACCAUCUUGAAAUACUUUGUAUGUAUGUCGUGUGUGACCCGACAAAUCCAGACGUAAGACGAAGAAAGUUUACCGGUGGAUGCAAAAUAGGCGAACAGAUAAACAUUCGUAAACUGAAUAGAACGGAUUCACCUACAGUGUAUUACCCAGGGAAAUGUGCGAAGCUCAAACUACAUCCAAUCGAUUGUAUGACUUAUAUGCGCGCGCAGAUCUGUGAAGAUGUUGCAAACGUAAGAUGCAGGCCAUUAAAUGGCGGAUGGGGCUCAUAUCGACCCAUCGGUGCGUGUUCCGAACCAUGCGGCGGAGGAAUAACACAAACGAUCAAAUACUGUGAUAACCCUACACCGGAACAUGGUGGAUUGAUGUGCAUAGGGAGCGAUGGAAAAAGAAAGAUGAAUGAGACCUCUACUGGUACAUGCAACCGGCAUGAAUGUUCAAUUGAUGGCGGAUGGGGAGAGUUUUCCAAUUAUAGUGCAUGUUCACUUGAAUGUGGCGGUGGUACCCAAGAACGUGUUCGAUUAUGUAACAACCCAGAGCCACAAUAUGGAGGCUCUCCGUGUUUAACUGUUGAGGGAGUAGAGCAACUAGAGGAAUCACAGGUUGAACCAUGUAACACACAGCCAUGCUCAA